AUGGAGACCAGGGCCUGGUUGUACCUGCCAAGGAACAGCGUCCUUGCAAUUCUUUCUCUGAUCAGCAGCUUUCUUGCCUCCAGUGAAGCUGAAAUCUACAGUCGGUGUGAAAUUGCCCAUCUGUUUCAACAAAAUGGGCUUGAUGGCUAUCGGGGAUAUAACCUAGCUGACUGGGUUUGCUUGGCUUACUAUGCCAGUGGCUUCAAUACAGCAUCCUUGGUCUAUGAAGCUGAUAGGAGCACCGACAGUGGUAUCUUUCAGAUCAACAGCCGUCUUUGGUGUAAUGACUACCACACUCCUAUGGUCAACAAAUGCAAGAUUCAAUGCAAUGACUUGCUGAACACUGACUUAAAGGAUGAUAUUGCCUGUGCCAUGAGGAUUGCGAGGCAGCCCCAGGGUCUAGCAAGCUGGGAGACCUGGAAGAACAACUGCCAAGGCAAAGACCUCGGAAUCUGGAUUGAUGGUUGUUUCUCUUAG